CCCGUAAGCGCGAGGACGCGAUCCGACGCGCUCAGCGUGACAACCUUUGCUCCCAGCUCCCAGCAUAAUUCCAAUUCAUGCGCUACUAAAUGGGCAAUUUUCCAUGAUUACACAACUACGCCUUCUCGAUAGCCUCUAUCUCGGGAUUAGACAUACCUGCCCCCUCCGCCCUCCACGCCUGCGCUGAGCUCAAUCCUAUCAUGCCGUCAUUGGCGCGCCCUCUCACAUGCCGCCUCAACCCUCUCUGCCCCUCCGAGAUGGCAGACUCGGCGCCUCUUCUCUCGUCGACAGCCGUCGCCACAAUGAACCUUACUACUCCAACGAAGACAUCGCGCUUCUCCAUGAAAUCGUCGCCGAGGGCGAGGCCAUCUAUCCUACCUUGCCUGAACGAGACCGUCUCCCUACCAAUGCGCUAUUUCAAGCAGCCGAGCAGAUCUUGCCGAUACACGGCCACGACCCCGAACAUGCGCCCCCAAAUAUAUCCCGCCUCAUAUUCAGAGUCGGCGGGAUGCGAUCCGAAGGGUCGCUCAUGGACAAAUUCAAGUCCGUCCUAAAGGAUAUGGGCAUUGAACUCGAAUUUGUCCCACAAGACCAACCAGAGAGAUCACCGUCGGCUACAUCACCAUCCGUUCGAUCAUUAUCAUCAGGCGGCAGUCCUGACCAGACUGGCACAUUCCCCGUCUCACCUUUUUAUAAUGGCCGUCGUCGGCGCAAUUCGGACACGGCCGCCCCAUCUUUGCUUGACUAUCAACGGGGUGCACCCGCUCCUUCGAACAGAGCAAGGUCCGUCUCUCCCACCGCUUCUAGGCACCGUGCCGAGGAGCUACCCAGCACUAGGGGUGUAGGUGGCGUUGGUCAACUACCCCUGUCGUACCACGGGGCUCAACACGAUGAGACGGACGCCCCGGAGGACGAGGACGUAGGUGAAGAUUUCACCCAAGACUUACCCGUCCUCGCUCAUCUCGCACCCGUUCGCGGUGGCGAGCCUACCGGCGAUCUGCCGCAGGGGUUCGACUACUUCGGGAGACGCCCUCUGUCGCACGAUGAACCUACCGGUGGCUCGUGGCUGGGCUAUUUUGACCAGUCAGAUACUGAACACCGCCCAAUUUCUCGUGCUGAAGAUGGAUCGGACAGAUUCGUCGGUGCUAGCGACACAACUGCCCAGUCUUGGGAUGAUGGGCUUCCCUACCGCUCUCUGGACGAGAAAGAACACGCCGCUUUGGAGGGUAAAGUUCAGGCUUUCAGAAACCAUGUCCUGAAAUCCGAAUCGGCACGAGCCACUGGCGCAUGGCGAGCGAUUGCGCACCAAGCAUUUCAACGUCAUGGACGGAAGGAGUUCUCUGCAGUACAGGUGAAUGAGAAAACUGCUCUCACCAGGGCCGUUAGUACGUGGCGAGAGAAUGCCAUCAUGGCACGGGAAGAUCGACUCAUGGCGGCCGGCCCUUACUUGAAUCCAGCAAAGGAGGCGAGGAUGGAAAGGAGAGCCGAUAGGGCAUAUUCUAUUUUAUUGCUACACAAAGCUUUUACACACUGGGUCGCUUGCACCCGGGACGAGACGAACCGAACGGCAGUUGCCCGACGACAUAUCCUCCGGAAACGCUGUUUCAGUGCUUGGCGUUCGCAGCAAUCCGCCGAUGAGGCCAAAGUGCGCGAUUUCAGGCUACAGAGCCUCGUUCGCCUUUGGAGCAGAGCAUCCAUACAUCACGAAGUGCGCGCAGAAGUUGCCAUCCAAAGCUAUCGCCACAAUUUGGUCAAGACCGUGUUUGAGAGAUGGAGGGCCGAGUACUUGGCGCGACUUGCCGACGAGUUGAGAACAUGUCGGAUCAAGGAGCGGUGCCUUGCGAUCUGGCUGACGAAGUCCCGGGAGGCCACUGCACUGUACGAGGGUUGUGCAGUCUACGACGAGAGACUCCUCCUUGACGACGCUCUAGCUACUUGGCGGGCCGAACACGAGGAAACCCGCAUAUUUGCGAGCGGCUGUAUACGCCAGAAGCUAGUGCUGGACUGCCAGAGGAUCCUGGAGGAGUGGCGAACAGAAGCAACUCUGAGAAGGUUGCUGAGCUCUUUUACAGGGGCGCGACACCGGCAGACAAAGCAACGCACCAUCGACAUUUGGGCGUCGAGCGCCAACGAAGUGAGACAAAAGGCAUCAAUUGCCAAGAAGAUGGUCCUGCAAGAGUUAAUCACCCACUGGGAAAACGAGACAAAGCUCAAACGAUUCGAGGACUCCGUGAAUGAGCAACGAAAGACUCGGGCAAUGUACCACUGGAUACUGGAACGGAAGCUGGUAAGCUUCAGGCGAUCCUCGGAGGAAAGGACGAAAGCGCAAACAUUGACCUCGUUUCGGGCCGCGUCGAGCAAAGCGAACGCGAGGUCGGGCCGCGGGCGACAGGUCGCAGACUAUUUCGCCCUCCAGACUGUCCAGGCCUCUGUCAUCGGGAAAUGGUGGACCAGUUUGGAAGCUCAUAGGCGACAGCAGAAGCGCGCCGCGUCAUUGUUUUUCCACAACACUGCGAGCCAGCGGCUUGAUCUCUGGCUAGCCCGCGAGGCCGAGGCUUUCGUGAGAACCUCUAUAUACAAAGAACGGGCUAAGAGUGGUGCCUAUUACUGCACGGCCACGAACACACUCUCGCUGUGGUCGGCGACAGCGGCACAGGCGAGCAGGGAGAGGCUCACGAGGACCUAUCACGCCGCUAAACGGCAGUAUCGAGUCAACCUCGCGACCAGAUGCAUGUCAAAUUGGCGGAAGGCGACCGGAGAUGCCCUCGCCCUUGGCUGGUAUGCCGACGAGGUCUGCGCCAGCCAACAGAAGGCUAAACUUGGGGAGCACGCCCAGCACUGGAACACAUGCGCGAAGAGAUUGCAAGUCGUUCGUGAGGUCGCAGCAGGCGCGGAGCUGGAGGUCUGGUGGGGCAGGUGGUCGGUCUGCGCGAGCCAACAGCGGGAGACGGAGUUGGAUGCUGCCGAAUACAACUCGGUUCAGACGCUUCUGCGGUGCUGGAAGAGCUGGGACUUUUCGGCAUUGCAAUGCAAGGGUCGGCGGAAUACCGUCGCAACACUGCGGCAGAAGAAUGACCAGAGGCUGCGUCGACAGAUCCUCAGUGUCUGGAGCCACGAGGCGGGACUGGAAGGAACAUUCCAGGAUAUGCGCUCGAGCUCAAUGUCGAGACGAAGUCUGCGGCACGGCAGUGCCCGUCAGGGCAGCCGCUUCCACCAACCGGAGACACCGAGGCAUGGCAGCUCGGUCAACCACCCGUCGUCACAGUCGUCAUUCCAGCAACUAUCGUACAUACCGGAAGCCGACGAGCGCAAGACAAGCGAGAGGGGGUUCGCACCGUCCUCACAGCUUCGGGAUCUCCCCACGCUUGGGUCCAGAGACUUGUACCAGAGCUUGCCACACCGUCCCAACAGGCACUCUGGAUAUGGCGAGGACCUGAGGUCCACAGCUCCCCAGCGUUUCCGAUCCGAGGGGCCGAUCCCAAAGCCUCCGAUGAACUACCCGGAAGCACAUUUCAGUCCCGGACCCUACGGUAGUCUGAUUGAUCCAAUUCGAGACACACCACGGUACGAAGGCAGCACGCCCCACGUUCCCCCUCGAGGAUACGGAAGCCCGGGACAGCUGGGACCCAUGUCGGAUUUCGACGAGGAGUCUUUCUCCCCAGGGGAAGAAGAGGGGGCCGACAACGCCGCCGCCUUCAUGAGCACACCGUCCAGGUUCACCGGGUCGGCGAGGCAACAACAGGGCAUCCGCCCCACGACGACGCCGUCGGCGAUACUGUCCACGCCCUUUGAGAGGGCGUUGAGGGAGGAAUAUGGAGGGGGCGUGGCGGCGGCGGGGCGAACUGCGACGAGGGAGACGCCCCGGGUCACGUUUGCGGACAUCAGAGAGGAGUCUGCGGAGUAUGAGGAGGGAUAUGGCGGAUAAGCCGGGGAGCAGUGGGCAAUUAUAGGACCUGGGUUAUUUAUGGAUUGGUUUCAUUUGAUCAGCGUGGGCGCACACUUGGAUGGCGUUGGUCGGCGCUCUCAGGUCAUUGGGCAUGGAAGGAAACUGUGCGUUCAAGUUGGCUGGGUUUGCCGGCUUGGAUAUACCCCUGUGUUCUUCCGGUCUAGGUUCAAAAGGGGUUUGCAUGGACAUGGCGUUAGUGCUUCAAAAACGAAAGGAGUCCGUCAGGGGCGUACGGCUAGUGAGCAUACCAUGUGCAUAAUUUAUCCUUGGUAAUGCUGGAAGGUUAGAUAAGUUAGGUUGGUAUAUAAAUAUAACGUCUUCAAGGGAGACGGCCCAAAUGC